UCGCGCGGACCAUCGAUUCGCUCGGUCUUUCGCCUCCUCCUCCCUUUUGCCUUUGCCUCCCUCACCGCGGCGGCUGCGGCGGCGAGCACCACCCACCCCCUCUCCUCUCCCCCCCCUCCCGCCGCCCGGAGCUUAAGCUAGGGUUUCCACCGCCCGAGCCUGCGCUCCCUCCGUCGCCGCCGCCCGCCCGCCCGCCCGCCUUCCCGCUCGCCCGCUCGCGCGCCGCUUCCGGUUCCCCACGCGCACCGAUCCGGCGGUGACCCCCCCGAAACCCUAGGGUUUCUCCGCGGCGCAGGAGCUAUGAAUCACCCACAGCAAACUAUGCCUCCUAGGGCUUCUGCCAAUGGAUUUCCCCAUCGGAAGCUUGACAGGGAGGGUAGUGGAAGGCAUGACAAUAAAACACAGUUGCUGAGAUCUUCAUCUGGUGGUUUUAGUGGUGCAGAAAAUGGAGGCAAACUAGGACAUGGAAGCCCUUCAAGGGAUCGACUAAUAUAUGUUUUGACACAACUUAUUGGACAACAUGUGGAUGUGCAUGUGAAAAAUGGCUCUAUUAUCUCCGGAAUCCUACAUGCAACAAACUCUGACAAAGACUUAGGAGUUAUCAUGAAAAUGGCACAGGUGAUAAAGGAUGGUUCUGCCAGGGGACAGAAAAGUGCAGCUGAUGUUGUAAAGAAGCCUGAGACUAUGAUAAUACCAGGAAGGGAGCUUGUCCAAAUUCUUGCCAAGGAUGUAGCACUUGGUGGAGAUGAGCUGCCAAAAGGUCCUUCUCAAGAAAAAAGGAAGGACUUAAUGAUAGACUCUGCGAUUUCUCGCUCUCAUUAUCCUGAGGAGAGGGAGCUUGAGCGCUGGGCACCGGAUGAAGGGGAUUCAGAGUGCAUCGAAUUGGAAAAAUAUGACAGAAAGGGGAACAGGAGCUGGGACCAGUUUGAAACAAAUGCAGCUUUGUUUGGGGUAAAGAGUACUUUCAAUGAAGAACUUUAUACCACAAAGCUAGAGAGAGGUCCUCACAUGAGAGAGCUUGAAAAGCAUGCUUCAAGAAUAGCUAGAGAAAUAGAGGGAGAAGAUACAAAAGAUAUGCAUCUUGCUGAGGAGAGGGGUUUAUAUUUGGAUGAUGACUUUGACCAUGAUGAAGAGAUAAAAUAUUCAGCGGUGCGCAGAGAUACAGACAAUACCAAAUUUAAGUCAUCUACAAAUGUCUUGAGCAAUACAAAUCAAGUUGAUUCACUCACCAGGGCAGGCAACACUAAUCCCAAGGCUUUGUUAUCAACUGCGGAUGAAGAAUCAUCUUCCCAUUUAUUUGGCACUGAUUUGCCUGUCACUAACAAUGUUAGCCAGUUAGUAUCUCAGUCCCAGCUGAAUAAACUUUUGCCCAUUGAUGAAAGCAGGUUGGAUGACAAACUGACCAAAGAUAGCAGUGGUAAUAGGGACACAAGCAAUUUGCAAACUGAGAAUAUUAUAUCUGAAGGUGGCAGGUCAUCGAUUUCUGAAGACUUGGAAGUGCCAUCUUCAAGCUCGCACGCUUCUGAGCCUUCAUCAUCUGGUCAAGCAAAGAAAUCCUCAGAAAGUCUACCUGCAGAUUCUUCUUUGUCUAGAAAAGUUCCUUCUUCGGGGGAAUAUGUGAAUUCCUCCCAAGGACCUGGUAGUUCUACAUCAUCAACAUCUGAGCGCAUUGCUGCAAGCUCAGUUGCAUGUGCUCCAGGCUUGUCCCCGAGCUCUUCAAUGGGUUCUCUUAGCUCAGAAAAAUCAUCUUUGAACCCGAAUGCUAAGGAAUUCAAGCUGAACCCUAAUGCUAAGAGUUUCACUCCAUCAACUUCUGUGAGGCCUCCACAACCUCCAGCAUCUGAUGGACCAUACUACUAUGCUAAUAACAUGCCUACAGCACCUCUUGGACCUCCAAUGUUUCCACCGGCCUAUGGUGGACAGCCUAUGGUGUACAAUGCUCAGCCUGGACCUUCGCCCCAAGGUUACAUGCAUCCUGCUGGGCCACAGUUGCAGUAUGGGCAGCAGAUGAUGAUGGGGCAGACUCGUCCUGUUUAUUAUUAUGCACCUGAGAUGCAACAAUACAGAGGGAGAAACUUCUAGGUAGAAAAUUUUGAACCGCUGCCAUGUUUGAAAGUUGCAGCUAUACCCGUCAAAGGGAUGCUAACCAGACCAGACCGCUGUUGGGAUGAAAAGAAGUGUGGCCAUAUAAUCUCAAAUCUCAAAACACCAACUGCGUGUUGCCAGGCCGGAGCACGCCAUUGUUGCACAACCUGUGCUCAAGUCUGAAGCAGGUUAACUGGGAUUUAUUAUUAUUUGUUUCACAGACGUGGUGUUGUAAAUUAAAAUCGCUGGUCGUUUGUGACCCUUGAAAUGGUCGGUAUUCAUAAACGUGUGUGACCGUUCUCUUUUUGUAAAAUUCGUGUUUUAUUUAUUUGUCUGGCAAAAGAUUUGGAUGGGAACGAUAGCCUUUAUAUUUUCUGUUUA